AUGAAUAAAAUGCUCUUGGCUAUAAUAUGCUAUAUCAAAAGUAUAAUAAUAUGGAGUAGUAUAUAUAUAAAUGUUUAUCCAGCUAAUUGUAAAUUUAUUUAUUAUUUUAAUAAAAAAAAUAUUAAGGGUAAAGAUUAUGCCUUAAAACAAAAUAUUGUAAAAAAUAUAUCUUUUAUAAGAAAUUGUAAUAAUACAAGUUAUAUACAAUUAUGUAAAAAUAGCUACCCAAAUAAAAAAAAUAACUUUUCUAAUUUUAUCCUCUUCAAAAAUGUAACUUUGGAAAAUGGCGUUCAGAAAUCACCCAAAGUUUGGGCCCGAAAAAAAAAAAAUGUCCCAAAUGAAGAAAACCUAAAAAAUGUUCCAAGUGAAGAAAAAAAAACUGAAACAUUUUUAAUAAUAGACGGAUCCUCUCUUUUAUUUAAAAACUAUUUUGGUAUGCCUUUUCUAAAAAAUGAAAAUGAUGUUAAUUUAAGUACUAUCUAUGGAUUUACACAAUCUUUAAAUAAAAUAUAUAAAUUAUUUUCUCCAUCUUAUAUUGCUAUUGUAUUUGAUUCUAAAACGUCAAAUAAAGAAAAGAGAGAAAUAUAUGCUCAAUAUAAAACUAUAAGAAAAAAAAAUCCCGAAGAAUUAUAUGAACAGCUAAAACUUGUUAGUGAAUUUUGUGAUGUUAUAGGAAUAAAAACUAUUAUUUCUGAAAAUGUUGAAAGUGAUAAUUAUAUUGCAUCUCUUGUAGAUCAAAUUUAUAAUACGAUUUCUACAAAUAACGAAUUGGAAUCUAGACAUUAUGAAAAUGGGCUAGUUUCAUUAAAUAAUGACCAAAUAAAAGAAAAUCAUUUUAGAAUUGUUAUUAUUUCUAGUGAUAAAGAUUUACUACAAUUAUUAGAAUACAAUGAUAAUGCUCAUAAUAAUAUUGACAUAUCUGUAUGUCAACCAAAUCGAAAAUAUAGAAUAAUAAAUGCACACACAUUUAUUCAAGAACAUAAUAUUUAUCCAAAUCAAUAUAGUGAUUAUUUAAUUUUAGCUGGUGAUAAAACUGAUGGAAUAUCUGGUAUACCAAAUAUUGGUGAUAAAACUAGUAAAUAUUUAUUAAAAGAAUAUUAUAGUAUUGAUAAUAUUUUAAAAAAUAUUCAAAAUUUACCACCUAAAUUACAAACUAUAUUUAUUAACAAUAUAGAAAAUAUUAACAUGUUCAGAAAACUUAUUAAACUCAAAUGCGAAACUAAUCAAUCUAUAAAUUUAAGUGAAUACAAACAAGUUAAUAUCAAAAAUUUCGAAUUAUUUCAAAAUAUUGUAGAUAAAUAUUCUCUUCAUAAGUUGCUCAAAAAAACCGUUAUAUUAAAUAAUCCCAUGUAG